UCUUCAAUCCGUUUCACCAACUUCCAAAACUUCACUCACUAAAGCGCCGCGAAAACAACUUUUCGGUACUCGCGCAACCUGGGCCCAUAGCCUGAUUAGCAGAGUGGCAGGUUGGUCGGAUUUGUUCCGGAGAAAAACGCGUAAGUUGUCUAACUAAACUGGAGAACUUUAUUGACACGUGCUGUUUACAACGGAUGACGUAACACAUUUGUUGUUGUUGUUUUGCAGCUCUGACAGCUGCACGUGAGGUCGAAAGGGUUUCGGCCGACUAGGUUGACUUGAUGACGACUGUUCAUCUCAACAGAGAAGAAUCAAGCUAUCUGUUUACAGUCUUUUUCCCAAUGCACAUAUACACUGGUAGAGUGCUGUACGUUGAAGCGUGGUUGGUGCGGAAGGAAUAAUUCUCCUCCCGUGUUUUUUAGUUUGAACACUCAUCAAAAUCUGUUAGCGCAUCUUCGGCUAGUUGACCAGUCAACUACCUUCCGAAGUACACAAGUCAGCCGAAGCUAUGUGCUUCCCAAGAGAGCGAACCGUCCUACGGUCGGACGAAAUCCAUAGUGGUUGACGUAGCGAAGGAGAAAUGAGCAACUUUGAAGAUUUGUUGUGGCUCGUAGGCUGUUGAUGUCCAACUUCAAAUGAUGAGGACGGACGGGGACUGGAGCGGUCCCUAUUGGCUAUUUUUAGAUCUCUCUCUUUGUCAUCAGUUAUCGGCUCUCCGUAUUGACCCGACUGUCGUCAGUUGGCAUUGGAGCUCUUCCCCGAGUAGUCCAUUUUUUUAUUAACUCGAGGUUUCUCCAAAGGGCAGACAGCAGGGAAAAAAAACCUGUUCUGAUUUUGCGGGAUGAUCAAGGCUCCAAGCUGCCGCUCGAGGAUUGAACAUCUGAUCUUCCGCUUGUUAGGCGGAUCCCGUCCAACCUCCCACGGGAGUUUGUAAAAAAUUUACCACCAUUGAAAAAACGGCUAAUAUCCAGUUUUGGCGAAAACGAGUUAUUAGCACCAGGUGAUAGAGGAUGUUCCAACGCAUCUUCUGAAACUUGAAUUUCACUAAAAUAGUGUUUAGAUUUGGCUGCCGAUGCGGGAACUAAACGGCUAAUAUGCCACUCUUAUGGAAAAUUGCCUUGAUGGAGAUUUGGUGACAAACAAUAAAAAGCGUUUUUCUCGGAAUAUUUGGUUUGGCAUAAUAUAUUAUGGGCAGUAUACUGCCGUUCCAAGCAUAAUUGUCCCAUGUCAUUUUUGGUCGAUUCUGACUUUUUGUCAUUUUUAAGUUUAUUUUUACGUAUUCUUUUAGAAAAACACAUAAAAUUUAGUACUUUGUUCGGAAACUCAUGAAAAUAAACACCAAGUAUGUUUGUCCCAUCGAUAAACUUCUACGCAUAAUUGUCCCACCAAGUAUUUUCUUACACGUAAUUAUUAGUUUUACAAAGCAUUAGGUCUUGUAUACCUGUUAUAUAUUAAGAUAAUCACAAAUAAGGGUGAUUAACUGCUAACGGGGCGAUUAGGGACAUAGGGCGAAUAGGAACCCCCGGGACAAUUAUGCGUAGAAACACAGAAAUCAGUCGAAAAAUUUCAAUCGCGUUUUUCUCAGUUGCACUUUUUUGAACAUGGGACAAUUAUGCGUAGAACGGCAGUAUAGCAGUUUGAAAAAUGAGUGUCUUAGAAGAAAAUAAAAAUUUAGGGCGAGUCUAGGAACAAAGCAUACCCAUCUGGCGUCGACCUCACCAAUCUGCCUGAAAAUUUCAGGGGUUGUUUGGACAUAUUUAACUGGACCAAAUAUGAGCACUCUAAGCCAUGAGGCAGAUUGGGACACAAAGUUGGAAGGCUUAAAAAACUCGAAUAUCUUGAAAAUACUGCAAAUAAGCCAAAAUUCUAUUCAAUUUCAAAUGCACCUGUAAGUGCUCAAAAAUUGCAACAAAAUGAUAGUUGAAGCCUUCAGACAUAUUUGAAACCUGCAUACAAAUGUUUAUUUUAAUCUAGGCCGUUGCGAAUAUUUUUUGAAGUUUAGUUCCCUCGACUCUGCCCAAAAAAAUAAAAUAGUAAAAAAAAAAAUUACAGGCCACGGUUUCAAAAUAAGAAUGAAAAAAAGUGUUUUAAAAUGCAUUAUACACCUGUCCAGUUAUUUUGCAAUCAUCAUUUUCCAAAAUUUGUAAGUAUUGGCGAAAAUUUUAUUAUUGUGAGAAGAAAAACUUUUUUGGACAAUAGAUUUUUUUUUUUGAAAAAUAGCCCUGAUUUGGAGAAAUGGUCUCCCAAAAUACAUUACCAAAGAUCAAAAAGUUAUGCAUCGUUGGAAAGGUAGUCGCGAAGGCUUUCCGUCGCACAAAAAAAUGUUUUUCAACGGUAAACUUCCAGGGUUUUCGGGAAAUAUGUUCGCAACCACUUAUCAUUACGAAACCAUUUUCAUUCGAAAUAUGAGAAGAUUUUGCAUAAAAUUAACAUGAGAAAAUUAGUGUAAUGAAAUAGUUUUCGUAUCGUUAUUAGCGGAUGAAAGAAAUUUGUCAAAUUUCUGUUAACAAUAAUCAAAGCACAUAUGUACUUCAGAAAUGAUCCUUAUUUACAGGCAAAACAAAGCAAGAUUGUAUUUGAGCCAAAUGUACAGUAGCCCGGCCGGAAAGUGAGUUGGUGGCGAUAACUUCGAACUAUCUUGGCUUGUUUAUUCGCAUCUUGCUGUAAACUCCUCGAGUUAUGACGACUUUUGAAACCGACUGCGUAUCAUGGAAAGUAUAUUCCAUGAUCAUACUGCAUUAUCUACAGUUGAUAUUGAGCUGUUAGUGGUAGUUUUUUUAGACUUAGCAAAAAUUUCGAAAAUUUUAUUUUUUCCAAAAUUUUACCCGAACAUCAUGAAAUGAUUAUUUUGACUUUAUUUCAAAUUUAUACUGGACUUAGCAAAAUUUGCAGUCACUGACAGAAUUUUCAAUUUCCGACACUUAGAAUAAUUUUUCAUGAGCUGAUAUUUUAAAAUUUGAUUUUAUUUAUGCUGGACUUUGAAAUUUUUGCGUAUAUUUUUAAAUUCUUUACUUUUUACAGAAAAAGCAUUUUUUUGGGACAUAGAAAUUUUUUGGGAGUUUGGAAACAUGAUAAAUUAUUUUGAUGUUUAUUUUUGCUUUGAACCAAAAUUUCGGAAAAAUCGUCGACAUUACAGGAAAUUUUCGUCCGAUUUUUACAAAAACAUCAGUUUGUUCCUAAAAUAAUGUCCCUAACAAAACGUCUUCAUUGAAAUUUUGAAAUACGAAAGUUGGUUUUUAAUAAUUAUUGAUAUACCCCCUACAAAAAUCGUUCCGGCACUUAGAAAAUUUACGGGAUCCGUAUCACGACAAGAUUGUUGGUAGAAUUUAUUAGAUUUUCAGGACUUUGCGAAAUUUUUGCUCUCAGCCAGUUGAAUAUUUUUCAACACUUUGAAAAAUUAUUUUGAUAAGAAACAUUACCAGGCUUUUUGAAAUUUUACUGUGGAUUUUUGGACUUAUGCAAUUUUAGGAAUAUUUUCAUAGACUUCUAUUUUUAAUUUAAAAAAAAAAUGGAAUAUAGAGACUUUGGAUUUUUCGUGAUUUGGAAAAUUAUUGUGACAUUUUGGCAAUUCAACGCAUUCUCCACAAUUUUUUAAUGAAUUUUUAAAGUAAAAUAAUUUUUCAACUUUGAAAAAUCUUGUUUUGAUGUAAGUGCGUAUAUUCCUGCAAUAUUACUCAUAUUUGUGAAGAGAAAGAAGGGGGGGGGGUGGGUUUGAAUAGUGGCGGGGUGCAUUAAAAACCAAUAAAAUUAUUUUUGGGAUCAAAAUCUACUUUAUGAACUUGAUAUGAUUUUUGGAAGAUUUCAGUUGUUUGCUACUAUAAACUCAACUUGAUGUGGCAUUGUUGGUCAAAUAAACUCAACAAGAUUUUUCGCAGAUACACCUCGAACAAUUUAUGUUCGUGGCCAUGUUCGGUUAUCUCUUAACCAUACCCUGGGGUGAACUUGACUUGUUCGUGUUUUUACGAACAUGGGUAGAUUUUUCCAAGAUGCAACUUUCUGCCCGGGAGGGCGCCCAGAAAAAUGACCCCCUGAACAGAAAAAAAGUUGAAUUUUGGAAUGUUGAAAAUUGGGUAGGUUGAAUAAAAAAAAUGAUGGUAAUAUUUAUCAGGAAAUGAUGACAGAUUUUGUGGCAAUAAAAUGAUACAUUUUAAUCCUAAAAAUGAUGAAUUUUCAUCAGUUUUUGAUGAAUAUUCAUCAGGUUCAACUUUUUUUUCUGUGUGCAUAAACAAACAGGUUUCAGAAGUUUAUGCUUUUACACAGAAAAAAAAGUUUAAUUUUGGAAUGUUGAAAAUUUGGUAGGUUGAAUAUUACCUCUUUUUUGAGUAAUAUUACAUAAAAAAUGUGUAAAAAUUUGAACCUGAUGAAUAUUCAUCAAAAACUGAUGAAAAUUCAUCAUUUUCUGAGGUAAAAUUCAUCAUUUUAUUUGACACAGAAUCUGUCACCACUUCCUGAUGAAUAUUACCAUCUUUUUUUCUGUGUAAGUAUACUCUGAAAUCUAAUGUCCUUACUCAGACUUUAGUCUCGAUUCGCCAUAUUUCACUGAAGUAAGGCUUCAUCCAUAAAGUACGUCACGCUAAAAUCAGCCAAAAUUUACCCCCCCCCCUCCCCCCCUUUGUCACGCUUUUCUUAUACUUACAACACGCAAUGUCACACUUGCUCAGACCCCCCCUCCCCCCUAGAGCGUGACAUACUUUAUGGAUGACGCCUAAUAUGUUAUGUACAGAAUAUGUUUUGGUAAGGUCUGUUUUAUUUGUACAGCCUCAAUCGUGCACAAAAAAGUUAAAAAUUGAAAUCAAAAUUGUUUGAUCAAGUUAAAAUUUAGUGGGGCUGUUGAUACCACCAUAACAACACAAAAAAAAAGUUUAAUUUUGGAAUGUUGAAAAUUUCGUAGGUUGAAUAUUACCUCUUUUUUGAGUAAUAUUACAUAAAAAAUGUGGAAAAAUGUGAACCUGAGGAAUAUUCUUUAAAAACUGGUGAAAAUUCAUCAUUUUCUGGGGUAAAAUUAAUCAUUUUUUGACGCAAAAUCUGUCACCAUUUCCUGAUGUAUAUUACCAUCAUUUUUUUCUGUGAAGCAAGAAACUCGAUUUUCGUCCAAAUCGGACUUCGCCCUUCUAUUUGACAACAUCAAAGCAUGUCUAAAGGUUAUUUUCAUCGAACUCGAAUGAACCUCGCUUAUUCAUCCUGGAGCUUGUUGGGGGGACUGUCCUGAGUCAGGGAAACUGUUUUCCAUAAUCAUCUAUCGGUGAAAAUUGAUGUUAUCUCAUUUUCAAGUUUUCAUACCAUAAAUUUUAGCUAAAAUCUCGAAAAAGUGUCAAAUACGUCACUAAAAUUAGGUUAUUUUUUAGUCUUGUUUCAUCAAAACUGUAGGAUUUUACAAUAGAGCCAAAAUAAAGAAAAACAAAUUUUCCAAAAAAAAGUUAAUCAAAAAGUUUAAAACUAAUUUAGAAAUGCGCUUCUGAUUGCACUUUUAAAUGCCGACAAUGUGGGUUUAGUUUUCAGCUCCAGAUGGAGGUUGUUCCAGCACUUAACCCCGGAAACCAGCACACUCCUCCCACUUAUCGUUGUGUGCCUGAGGGUGAUGAACGAUCUGGUUCGUUGCAGUUGUCCACGUACGAGGUGUUGUUGGAGAUACUCCGGCAGGCCGCCGUCGUAUCCCCGUAUCCCGUUCAAAAAAUAUUGUUACAUUCGAAAUGUAUGAAAAAAUCCCGAUCGUUUGAUACACACUUUGUAAAAACGGAAAUUUUGAGUAUUUUUUUUUCGAAAACACGUAGUUUUGUGAAAAUUUUGAGUAAAAGUAAAGUAAAUCUUUCCCAGUUCCUGGGGGGAACACCCGUGAAGAGUAUCGGGCCUGUAUUUACAGAGCGAAUUCAGUGGCAGUUUUUCACUCAACUAAUGUUAACAUGUUUAGGUUAAUGUUAACAUUCCAUAGGUGUCGUGAUAAGGUCCAGUUUGUGACGAUACACUACCUUCCCUUUACUAAGCAAUCGAAUCCAGAAGGGAAAAGAUCACCAGUUGUGUUGGUCCGAGCCGGGAUUUGAACCCCGAUCUACCGCUUACGAGGCGGAAGCGUUACCACUGGGCUAAUUGGCUCGGUCUCGACAAGAAGAGUGCUAGGCGUAAUCUAACCUAAGGCACUAUCCAGGAUCCUUUAGAAAGAUUGGCAGCGCUAGGGUCUGAUUUGAUUAGAUUAACUCUAUUUAAGAAAAAUCCAAAAUUUCAAAGCUUUAUGUGCGUUACGGAGAUACACUACGCUGUGUGUGUGUGUGUAGUCCAAUCCAAUACCCGCUGGCCGGCAGCGAAAUUAUGGGAAAGGAUAGUUUGUAUCAGACUUGGGUUAUGCUGAUACAACAUAUCUCAGUCCUAGGUAUUAGGUGGUGACAGCCCUCGCGCUGCUUCCAAUGACCCAUUUCAGAAUGGCAGAGAUCCAAGCGGCCCAAUUCCUAGGUCAUUGGGCAUUGUCUGGCCCCGCCUAAACAUAGAGCAAGAACCAGACGGGUCCUCGAACUAUCUUUAAACUUCCAAUCCCAUCAGGCAAAACAGGGAUCAGCGCGUAUAUAAUGGUUAAUAAAUGGCAUUCGCAUAACACUUUUUUUCCAUCGAACAAAGCUCGCACACAAACCGGCCCUGACGCCCGACCAACUCGAUGGAUAUUUCUUCUUUUUUUCCUUUUCACUGUCAUCCUCCGACGAAGCUCGCACACAAACUGGCCCCUACGCCCGACAAACUCGUUCGAUUUUUCUUCUUUUUUUCACUUUUUUUCGCAAGAGGAUGCGCAGGUUUGCUCCUGUCAUCCUCCGACGAAGCUCGCACACAAACUGGCCCCGACGCCCGACCAACUCGUUGGAUUUUUCUUCUUUUUCACUUUUUUUUCGCAAGAGGAUGCACAGGUUUGCUCCUGUCAUCCUCCGACGAAGCUCGUACACAAACUGGUCCCGACGCCCGACCAACUCGUUGGAUUUUUCUUCUUUUUCACUUUUUUUUCGCAAGAGGAUGCACAGGUUUGCUCCUGUCAUCCUCCGACGAAGCUCGUACACAAACUGGUCCCGACGCCCGACCAACUCGUUGGAUUUUUCUUCUUUUUUCGCAAGAGGAUGCACAGGUUUGCUCCUGUCAUCCUCCGACGAAGCUCUCACACAAACUGGCCCCGAUGCCCGACCAACUCGUUGGAUUUUUCUUCUUUUUUCGCAAGAGGAUGCGCAGGUUUGCUCCUGUCAUCCUCCGACGAAGCUCGCACACAAACUGGCCCCGACGCCCGACCAACUCGUUGGAUUUUUCUUUUUUUUUCCCUUUUUUUCGCAAGAGGAUGCGUAGGUUUGCUCCUGUCUUCCUCCGACGAAGCUCGCUCACAAAGUGGCCCCGACGCCCGACCAACUCGUUGGAUUUUUCUUCUUUUUCACUUCUUUUUUGAUCCCUCGCCAUCGAUUUUAUUUUUUUAUUAUAUUAUAUACAGCAAUUCCACACAAAAACAGACCACCCUAACACGGCGUACGUUCUUUCCCUGCUGAUAGCUUGAUUCUUCUCAAUAAGAUUCGAGCAAAAUUGCAGCCUUAAGAGUAUAACAGGGAAUCACAAAAGAUAGUCGCUAGGACGGUCGAGGUGAACUAAUCCCAAUAUCUGCCCACAAGGCGGACAAAAAAAAAACACGGCGUAGGUUAUGUUCUACAUGACCAAUAUGACAAAGAACUUUGUACAAAACUCUUAAAAGUAAAUCCAUUUUUAUUUAUAUUUUUUAAUUCUUUGCCAAUUUAUUUAAUCAUAAAUAAAUCAAACAAAUCAAAUCAAAUUAUUCGCUCUACAGCAUUGCCUUGGCGUUCUCGAUUGCGAGAUUCCUAGUCGAAACUAGGUGUUCGAAGGCUUGAUUGUUGAGGCAAUUGCAAACCUCUUUUUACACCUUAGCUUUCAUCCACCCCGGGAUUCUAACUGACGACCUUUGGAUUCUUAGUCCAACUGCCUACCAGCGACUCCACCGAGACAGGACCCAGGGAGACGACUCCUACACCUGGACUGAGCUAACGACCUAACCUUUUUAGGUUAGUCCGGGGCCAACAUUUACUUCCCUGUCCGACGGAAGGCGUGAUCAGACAAAUCUCGUCUCGAAAAAUGCCACCGGGACCGUCUGGGAUCGAACCCAGGCCGACUGGGUGAGAGGCAAUCACGCUUACCCCUACAUCACGGUUCCCGGCCGAUCAUCAUAAAUAAUUAAUUCUAAUUUAAUGUUUUCAAUAAUUGGCACCUCUGUGGAAAUAAAUUGCCAAAAAACGAAAAUAUCGUCAAAACAAGUAUGGUUCGGAAAAACACUGCGGGUGGCCAAUCCUGUCAAAAUGGCCAUUUUCAUUACCAGUAUCAAAAACCAUGAAUUUUGAUACCCAUAUUGCCCCAAUUUGUAUGGUUCCAUAAAUGUCCUCCCGGGAGAACCUUUCCCAGGGCACUGGCCACUCCAGGUGUGGCCAAUCCUGUCAAAAUGUCCAUUUUCAUUAUCAGUAUCAAAAACCUUGAAUUUUGUGUGUGUGUGUGUGUGUGUGUGUGUGUGUGUGUGUGUGUGUGUGUGUGUGUGUGUGUGUGUGUGUGUGUGUGUGUGUGUGUGUGUGUGUGUGUGCAACCAACCAAACGGGACCACGCGGCCGCCUCUUACAAAUUGAGUUGUUUCCAUGUAUUUUAGAUUUGACAUCCUAUACAUGCAAAUAACUCGCAUAGGCAUUUGGAAGGUGUUGAUUCUAUGACAAUUUCCGGAAUUCCAUUUCCCGGAAUGGACGUUUUCCGGAAUGGACAUUAUCCGGAAUGGACGUUUUCCGGAAUGGACGUUAUCCGGAAUGGACAGUAUCCGGAAUGGACGUUAUCCGGAAUGAAAUUUCCCGGAAUGGACGUUUCCCGGAAUGGACAUUUCCCGGAUUUUUUUUAUAUUACCUGAUAUGAGAAUGAAUGGAAUCUUGCCUACUCACUUACUUGUGGUUAAGAAUUAUUUAGUUUGUACUCCGUUGGUUUUGACAACAAUAUGAAUAUAAAUACAUGAAUGAUAAAAAUCAAGUGAAAUGUUCGGACAUGAACAAUAGAAGCAAGUGUUGACUAUUGAAACAAUACAUUAUCAACCACCACGAGAUGUAACAAUGUAGAUCGAUAGAUAUUAGAUGUUUUUACAUUCUUUCAAUGUGUUGUUAUGUAAGAAUUUUUCCUUCUUUUGUUAAUCAUUUGACUUAUGUGACUAAAUUCUACCAUAUUUUACUAUAAAGCAGAAUGAUUAUUUUCAAAGAAGGGAAAACCUCAAGAAAAUAAAAAGCUUUUCAGAAAAUCUAUGUGUAAUGUGUCCUGUCAAGAAAAUAAAUAGCUUGAGUGUAUUUUUAAAGGCUAGUACGCUGAUCGGAAGGAAAGGGGUCAAGAAACAGCUUUACGAACAGCAGAACAAAGGAGAGGGAGCGAUUUCUUGGGGCUUAUCUUCACCCUCUCUGGCUUGCUUACUCUGCCACUGUUGCCUAUUUGAAAUUUUUCUUGACCGAUUCCUUCCGAAGUGCGUAUACCGCUUAAAGAAUGAAAAACCUCAAGGAAAAAUAAAUACAUUGAUUUUCUGAAAAGCUUUUUUUAUCUUGAGAUUUUCCCUUCUUUAAAAAUACACGUUCUUUCAUCAAAGUAAUGGGAUUUUAUGUAAGAAUUAUCCCUUCUUCUGUUAAUUCUACUAAAUUUCAACUAGUUUUUGUUAAGGAACUCUGCACUAUAAAGAAGAAUGUGUUGUUUUAAAGAAGGGAAAUCCUCUAGAAAAAAAAAGCUUUCAGAAAAUCAAAGCAUAAUGUAUAUUUUCUUGAGGUUUUCACUUCUUUAAAAAUACACGAUCUUUAAUCGAUGUGAUGGAAUUUCGUAUAAGGAAUUUCCCUUCUUGUGUUAAUCGGUUGACUUUUGUGACUAAAUUCUACCAAAUUUUAUUAUAAAGCAGAAUGUUUAUUUUCAAAGAAGAGAAACCUCUAGAAAAAUGAAAACCUUUUCAGAAAAUCAUAAGCAUAGAUAGGUGCCCAAAACCUAUUUUUCAACAUUUUGCGUCUGCCUCGGGAUUUGAACCGGCGACCUCUCGAUUGUGAGUCCAGUGCGCGGUCCGAUUGAUCCACACAGGCAGACAUGAAAAGCUUUUCAGAAAAUCAAUGUCUUUAAUCGAUGUGAUGGAAUUUCGUGUAAAAGAUUUCCCUUCUUGUAUUAAUCAGGUCACUAUUGUGACUAAAUUCUACCAAAUUUUACUAUAAAGCAGGGUGAUUAUUUUCAAAGAAGGGAAACCCCAAGAAAAUUUAUAGCUUGAGUGUAUUUUUAAAAAAUGAAAAACCUCAAGGAAGUACACAUUAUAAAUUGAUUUUCUGAAAAGCUGUUUAUUUACUAGAGGUUUUCCCUUCUUUGAAAAUAAACAUUCUGCUUUAUAAUAAAAUUUGGUAGAAUUUAGUCACAAAAGUCAACUGAACACAAGAAGGGAAAUCCCUUACACGAAAUUCCAUCACAUCGAUUAAAGAUCGUGUAUUUUUAAAGAAGGGAAAACCUCAAGAAAAUAUACAUUAUGCAUUGAUUUCCUGAAAGCUUUUUUUUUCUAGAGGAUUUCCCUUUUUUAAAAAAAAACACAUUCUUCUUUAAGCGGUAUACGCACAUCGGAAGGAACCGGUCAAGAAAAAUUUCAAAUGGGCAGCAGGGGCAGCGAAAGCAAGCCAGAGAGGGUGAAGAAAAGCCCCAAGAAAACGCUCCAUCUCCUUUGUUCUGCUGUUCGUAAAGCUGUUUCUUGACCCCUUUCCUUCCGAUCUCCAUACUAGCCUUUAUAGUGCAGAGUUCCUUAACAAAAACUAGUUGAAAUUUAGUAGAAUUAACGAAAGAAGGGAAAAUUCUUACAUAAAAUCCCAUUACUUUGAUGAAAGAACGUGUAUUUUUAAAGAAGGGAAAAUCUCAAGAUAAAAAAAAGCUUUUCAGAAAAUCAAUGUAUAAUGUAUUUUUCCUUGAGGUUUUUCAUUCUUUAAAAAUACACUCAAGCUAUUUAUUUUCUUGACAGGACUUAUUACACAUUGAUUUUCUGAAAAGCUUUUUAUUUUCUUGAGGUUUUCCCUUCUUUGAAAAUAAUCAUUCUGCUUUAUAGUAAAAUAUGAUAGAAUUUAGUCACAUAAGUCAAAUGAUUAACAAAAGAAGGAAAAAUUCUUACAUAACAACACAUUGAAAGAAUGUAAAAAACAUCUAAUAUCUAUCGAUCUACAUUGUUACAUCUCGUGGUGGUUGAUAAUGUAUUGUUUCAAUAGUCAACACUUGCUUCUAUUGUUCAUGUCCGAACAUUUCACUUUAUUUUUAUCAUUCAUGUAUUUAUAUUCAUAUUGUUGUCAAAACCAACGGAGUACAAACUAAAUAAUUCUUAACCACAAGUAAGUGAGUAGGCAAGAUUCCAUUCAUUCUCAUAUCAGGUAAUAUAAAAAAAAUCCGGGAAAUGUCCAUUCCGGGAAACGUCCAUUCCGGGAAAUUUCAUUCCGGAUAACGUCCAUUCCGGAUACUGUCCAUUCCGGAUAACGUCCAUUCCGGAAAACGUCCAUUCCGGAUAAUGUCCAUUCCGGAAAACGUCCAUUCCGGGAAAUGGAAUUCCGGAAAAUGUCAUAGAAUCGAAGGUGUUAGCUCUGCCGAGCUUCGGUGACCCAUUUCUACGCAGGCUAGCCGUGCGCGAGGUAUCUCAGCUUGAAUCGACAAGCCCCGCCCUAAAGAACGUUUGCAUCAAUCGGAUACAAACGUUAUUUAGAACUUCUGAUUCCUUGUCAAAUGGACAAAGACCCAGCGCGUAUAUAGUUUGUAAUAAUAGUAUUCCUAAUUCACCAAUCCAAAGAACGGGGGAUCGAACCCGGUUAGAGCGACUUUGAUGUUUCGUUCAUGCUUAGAGUUUCAAAAAUUCAUAUUUCCUUAACAUUAUCGUGUGGAGCAGAUGGGAAUCGAACCCAGCAUCAUUCGCUUACAGAGCGAACAGCGUAGCCAGGCAGCAACGGCUGCUCCAUAUUUCCAAUUGGAAGUUUCUCACCCGAAAAGCAGCACCGGCAGCGAUUGCACUCGCAUUAGGCUUGACCAAAUCGAUCAUGGCGUUGGCGUUCAGCCGCAAUUGAUGACUCCCGUCGGAUGUUACAUCAUAAAAUCUGCAGGAACAUCGCAGGAACCCACCACAACCGCACCAAGCACUUUAGUUCAAAAGAAAAUAGUGAAAGCGCGCGCACUUAAACCCUUGCCACUCACGAAACACACGAAAAAACGAACAUUUUUCCCAAAUUUUCGAACCGGAGGUUAAUAUUUCCGUGAGUUCUCGGACACCGGAAUUGACACCCAUUUUUUAAUAUUUUGCCGUUUGCCUUCAAAUUUUUUUUAAACCGAUCAAAACAAAUAAAAAACGUUUUCUUCCUCACUUCAGUCAUCUUCGCAUCAGAGCAAACACUAAAACUGCUUUCUCUUUCUUGCCAACACACCGAUGCUCAUCAGACUGAUCAGACUGGACAAAUAUCUCGCUCUAGCUUUCAGGUCUCUUCAGUGCUCUCUUCCGCACCCAUUUUUUAUGCUGCCAGGCUGUUCUCAUCGCAGCAACCCAUAAACAUAGCGUCACCGGCAAGUUUGCGACACACACCAAAAGAGAGCAGCAUAAAUUCUCUCUCGAAUUCCCCUCCCUCUCCCACAACCAAGCGGUCGCACUAUUACUAUCGUGUGCUUCCAAGCACGAUGAACCACCACCAAUACUGGCACACGUCUUCUGUUUCUGCUGCCACUUCAAAAUCAAGCUGGCAUCUUGGAGACGCUUGGAAACCAAAUUUAUUUCAUGAAUUUCUCCCACUAUUCUUGGGAAUUCCAUUAAACUCCAACUUUUUCACAAGGAAAAUGUACACACGCGACGAUUUAAACACUGUUUGCCAUAUUAACAUUUACAUUUCACAAUAAAAAACGCAUUUUGAAUUCGCGAACCGUUUAGGCCAACCUACCACGCCAACAGUAGAGGCUCUCCACCAGUAUCAAAAACCAUGAAUUUUGAUACCCAUAUUGCCCCAAUUUGUAAAGUUCCAUAAAUGUCCUCCCGGGAGAACCUUCCCUCAGGGCAAUGGCCACUCCAGGUGUGGCCAAUCCUGUUAAAAUGGCCAUUUUCAUUACCAGUAUCAAAAACCAUGAAUUUUGAUACCCAUAUUGCCCCAAUUUGUAUGGUUCCAUAAAUGUCCUCCCGGGAGAACCUUCCCCAAGGGCAAUGGCCACUCCAGGUGUGGCCAAUCCUGUCAAAAUGGCCAUUUUCAUUACCAGUAUCAAAAACCAUGAAUUUUGAUACCCAUAUUGC